AUAACGUCACGUGACCAGAGCAGGAAGUGUACGGCUCACGUUCACAACCGUAGACACGAAAUGACACUUUGGGUGUGGACGCUUUAACACCACAGCAUGUAUGCGACGACGCUCUUGCUUCUGCUCGUACUGUUUGCCGGCGGGGGACAUGGCAAAGAGAAGCAAAGUCGCGGCCACGUUUCCGUGGUGGUAGUCGGGGGCACAGGGGACUUGGCAAAGAAGUACCUCUGGCAGGGCUUCUUCCAGCUGUACUCCAAGCAGGUCAGCAGCGGGCACACUUUCUCCUUCUACGCCGGUGGACAGUCGCACACGGACAACGUCAUGCCGAUAUUCUUCAGUAUCCUGAAGGCGGUGUCGUGCCCAAAGGCCAUCUCUGAAGGGCGCUGCGCCGUGCUCAAGGAGCAGUUCUUGCGGCUCGCGCAGUAUCGGCAACUCAAGAGUCUCGACGAUUACCAGGAUUUGGCCCAGCACAUUGAGCAGCAAGUUCAGGAGGAAGGACUAACCGAGGCCGGACGACUAUUCUACCUCUCUGUGCCGGCGUUUGCAUAUGCAGAUAUCGCAGAUAAAAUCAAUAACAGCUGCAGGCCUGCCGGCGGGGCGGCGUGGCUUCGAGUGGUUCUGGAGAAACCUUUCGGACAUGACCUGAGGAGUGCUCAGGUGCUCGCUGCUCAGCUCGGGAAGGCCUUGCGUGAUGAAGAAAUGUACAGAAUUGACCACUACCUGGGGAAGCAGGUGGUCUCAAAGAUCCUUCCAUUUAGAGUAGAAAACAAGAGGUUCCUGGAUCCCAUCUGGAACAAGCACCACAUUGAGAGAAUAGAGAUCGUACUGAAAGAGACUCUGGACGUACAAGGUCGUAUUCCCUUCUAUGACAAGUACGGUGUGAUCCGAGAUAUAAUCCAGAACCACCUGACGGAGGUCAUGGCUCUACUGACCAUGCGGGUUCCUGCCAAUCUCAGUGACAGCGAGGAGGUUCUCCAAAACAAGUUGCGGCUCUUCAGUUCUUUUCUGCCCUUGGGCAAGAAUCAGGCGGUGGUCGGUCAGUACCAAGCGUACCGAGCCGAGGUUCAGCAGGAGCUCAACAAAACCAAAGACCAUGUCAGCAUCACGCCGACAUUUGCAGCUGUGUUGGCGCACAUGGACGCGGCCCAGUACAACGGUGUGCCCAUCCUUCUGAUCUCGGGGAAGAUGUUGGACGAACGAGUGGGAUACGCACGGGUUCUCUUCAAGAACGACAUGUUCUGUCUUCAGCAUGGCUUUCACUGCAAGCCCAAGCAGAUCAUCUUCUACUUCGGCCACGGUAGCCUUCAAUACCCAGCCAUUCUCGUGUCAAAGAAUCUCUUUAAGCCUUCGGUGACAGAGGGUGAGUGGAAGGAAGUGAUGGAUCACACGAAUGUUAAUGUCCUGGGCUCUCCCCUGUCAGACUAUUAUAUCCAAACUCCAAAGGUGCAGCGGGAAGCUUACGCAGAACUAAUUUCACAUAUUUUCGCUGGACACAAAAAUAGUUUUAUCAGUACGGAGAAUCUCCUUGCAUCUUGGCACCUGUGGACCCCGCUGCUUGAAAGCUUAGCCGGCUCGUUUCCCCGUGUCUACCCGGGAGGGGCCGACAACGGUGACCUGCUGGACGUCCGUCUGAAAGGGAAGGAGAUCGGCUACGAAAGCGACGUGGUACUUGUCGGCCCGGACCAAGUGGGAGGUGCGCCGGCCAGGAAUUUACUAGUCAUGCAAGGCAAGUACCGCAGCGGCAACAUGGUGUCCGCCUGGGCUGAGGAGCUGGUGGAGCGUUUGGCUGCCGACAUCCAGGAGGCGGCAGAGGUGGCUGUGCUCCAGGGCGGUGUUUUCCACCUGGCCCUCUCCGGCGGGGCUACGCCCAUCGCGCUCUUCCACAGGCUGGCCCUGCACCACUUCUCCUUCCCCUGGAGCGACACUCACAUCUGGAUGGUGGACGAGCGCUGCGUGCCGCUCGCUGACCCGCAGUCCAACUUCCACAACAUCCAUCAGCACGUUUUGCAGCACGUGCGUAUCCCCUAUCAUAACAUCCACCCGAUGCCGGUGCAGCUCAAGCAGCGUCUGUGUGUGGAGGAGGACGGCGCGGCGCUGCUGUAUCAAGAAGACAUCGGCAGAUUAGUCAGCGGCUCCAGGUUCCACUUUGUACUCCUGGGAGUCGGCCACGACGGACACACAGCCUCCCUCUUCCCCCACGGCAAAACGACUGACGGUGACGACAGCCUGGUGGUCCUCACCGAGAGCCCCAUCAAGCCGCACCGGCGCAUGAGCCUAACGUUUGGCGCAAUCAACCGAGCCCACAGGGUGGCGCUGCUGGUGAUGGGCAAGACCAAACAUGAACUCGUCACUCAGCUGAGCCGUGUCAAGGACGAGUCAAACAAAUGGCCGGUCACUGGGGUGAAACCCAACAAUGGUACACUCGCCUGGUACAUAGACUACGACGCACUUUUGGGUUAGGAUCACAAUAAACUCCUUCAUGUCAAUACAAGUUAUUUAAGCCAACCUUCAAUUCAAGAAUUGUGAACCCCUCACUAUUCAUGAAGGUUAGGGACACACUAGAAAAUUUUAUAUUUUCCACUAUUCAUAGUUUAGAGUAAAUCUCCACCUAUUUGCGGUUCUAAAUUCAAGAAUUCACCUUUUUCUGUAGAACCGGUCCUCAGCUAUUCAGUGUUUUUUGUGUUGUUCCCGUUAUGCCCGAAAUUCCUCAAAAUGGCGUAAAAAUCAAAGAAUCUGUUAGCCAUUUUUAUAAGGUUGAUGUUUUAAAAUGAGUUUAAGAUUGAAAUUUAACGUUUUGGGAUCAUAGUUCGCGAUAUUUCUGCUGUAGACUAUAUAUAUAUACACACACACACACACACAGUGGGUACGGAACGUUUUCAGACCCCCUUAAAUAUGUCACUCGUUAUAUUGCAGCCAUUUGUUAAAAUCAUUUUUUAUUUUUUUCCUCAUUAAUGUACACACAGCACCCCAUAUUGACAGAAAGAAAACGGAAUUGUUGAAAUUUUUGCUGAUGUAUUAAAAAAGAAAUAUACACACACACAAAACUAUGAUACUUAAAUAUCAUUUCAAAUGUAUACCAUUCAUAUCCUUACAAAUAAAUGUUUUACAGAUCA